AUGCUGCUCCGGCAGCUGCUGGGGCUGCUCCGCUACUGCUGGCCCUCCCUGCUGCUGCACUGUGCCCUCCACCCGCUCUGGGGGUCCCUCCAGAUCACUCAGGGUGAGCCCCAGAAGUCAUGCUCCAAGCCUGUAGCAGAGAAAUUUACAGAGAGCUGCCAGGAAAUUUGCCAGUGCAGGCCACCUCCACUGUUACCACCACCUCCUCCACCUCCACCGCCCCCGAGGUUGCUAGCGGUGCCAACUCCCAAGUCUACCUUUUGUCCCACUGAAGAGACCUGGUGGCCAGGCCUGGUUAUUAUCAUUGCAGUAUGCUGCGCCACACUAGUGUUCCUCUUUGUAGUUGUCAUCAUUUGCUACAAAGCCAUAAAAAGGAAACCAAUGAGGAAAGAAGAGAACGGAACCAGUCGGUCCGAAUAUGCAAUGACCUCCUCCCAAAACAACAAAACAGUUGAUAACAAUGCGGUCGUAUAAUCCCCAGAGCCCCGCCAAGGCGCAGGAGGUGGCAAACUUUCAAAGCACACACACGGAGUAUGCAAGGUGGGUGAAAUGAGGCAACGAAGGGAGCUGUGUGGCCAAGGACUUCAUUUCAGUGACCCAGAAGAGAAAAAACAGGCUGCUCUCCAGGCUUGCUACUAUUCCAAGGAAGGAUAAACUCACCCACCUGGGCUGCCCAGAGAAAAGGCCUCGCAAAGGCAUGAGCAUUGCAUGCUGCAUCCCAUGAAAGCGAUGUUGCGAUGCCUUCCGCUUCUUCUCCCUCUCUUCCCCUACUUUUAAGUUUGAAUUGAGUGUCCACAAAAAGCUUCUGAAGUAGGAUCUUUUGAGGAGAGAGUGAUCUGCCAGAGUGGCAGAAGUUUAUCAUAGAUGGGUCAGAGGGAGGUGUCUCCCUCUAAAUGGGAUGACACUUCCCUCUAAAUGGUGAGAGGUGUCACCUGUGUGCUUCUCCAGCCUGUGUGGAUUCAUACGCUGAUGCUUCAUUCUUUUCAUUCUUACUAUUUUGUUAUUAAAAAGGAAACAGAGGUUUCUGUUAAGCAAGCAACCAAAAUUGGCCUGAACUUGUGACUUAUCCCAUGAAAUUUAUCUGUGGUCCAGUGACUAUGCAGUUUUCAUGGCUGAAGGCUUUUCAGGCAGAAGAAGCCAAAAUGUUUUUUAAGAUUUUAGCAAUUAGCAUUGCUACUGAAAGAGAUGUUAUUAAGAUGUGCUUUAAACAUUAUUACUUCUUAAUCAGCCUCCUUUUUUUGCACCACUAUUUUAUUUUUUUUAGAUGUUCCCUUUUGAAAUUCCAUGUUUCUCUGUGUUUGCAUCACACUGAUUCCGCUGGGAAACUCCUACAGGAAAGAUACUGUUUACAUCUUGGUGUGAGUGUUUGGUCAGGAUUGUGUUGAAAGGACUAGCAGCCCUUUGAAAUUCUCUUCAUUCACUGGUUAGUAUUGUUCCCUGAACGUGUUGAGUCACCUGAACUGACACACUGAGGACGUUGGAGGUCUGGCUUGCAGGACCACUUUUGAGGGUCUGGUAGCUGGUUGUGCCCACAUUGCCUGGGUCUCUGCCUCUCCUGAGCUGAGUCUGAAGGUGGUGCCAAGUUCAGCAUACAGUUCAGUAUUCUUCCCAUGACAUGGAUUGCAGAUUAUUUAAAGCAAAACUGAAUCUACCCAAAUUCAUUUCACGUAGGAUCUCAGGUCAGACUCAGUAAGUAGCCCUUAGGAUAAAGGUGAUGAGACUAGUUGACAUUCUGGUCUUUCCCUACCUCCUGAAAACUUUCCUUUGUGUCACAUCUCCACAUGUAUGUCUCCAUUUACCUCUGUGCUGAAAGUAGUGAUGCAGUCAAAGACAAAUUUACACCCUGGCUUCUUGUCUGGACAUAAAACUUUGGUACCACUCAGUCUCCAUGUCUGUGGUAACUCCCAGGCCCCAAUGCAGUCUCACUUUGGGACCUGGCUGGCCCCAGCUAUGUUGUCCCCUGGUACUGCAACACACCAGUACUUUCAGUUUUAUAUAAGGAUGUGCCUGAACUGCAGAAAUCAGACCUUGAUUUUGAGCACAUUCCGGCCUGUGGGUAAUCUAUUCCUGGGAUGCAGAGUUUGGCAUGAUGGUAGAAGAACAUUUUCCCCCAGAAAAGCUCUGGAAUGUUCAAAUCAGCAGUCUCAGCUCAGGCCCAUCUGUAGUUUUCUAUUACCUAUCGAACAAUAGGGUGUAUGUAAAUAUAAGUACUUUUUCAAUUAUAAAAUGAGAUGCUGCUAUAUAUUGCUCUUGAGAAAUUUAUUCAUUUAGCUUUUUAGUCUGUCACCACUAUGUAGAAGCUUAACUGCAUAAAAUUAUUUUUUAAAGCUAGACUUUCUUGGUAAGUGAAUGCAAUUACAAAAGUGAGAGGCAAGUAACCCUCUGCCCACGAGUACAAUCGUUCCCAGCCACAUUCAUGUUGUGUGCUUGCUCAAGACACAGUGAUAUGUUUUUAGAUCCAAAGUGGGAUUAAAAUGGCAGAAUUUACAAUUUGAGUCUAGUGUCCCAAAUGUUGAUUGCCUAAAGCACUUAGCCCCUAGAUACUAUAAUAAAAAUAUUGCAAGUAUAUUUCUAGAGUAUUUUUAAGCUAUAACAUUUAUUUUGGUGUAGUUAUCUAUGUUUGCCUUUCUUUUUUACUCCAGUUGUUUCAGCCUAAAUGUGGAAACGUGGCAUAGUUUGAGACUGGUUGCAUGUUUAUCUGAGAGUAUAAAGUAUGAAUGCAGACAAGUUUAGCAUUAUAUGGGCUCAGGAUUAGCACUGUUUCCUAAAGGUUGUUGAUUUUAUUAGUUUCUUUAUACAGCUUUAAAGUCAUGUUUUGUAAGGUCAAAAUCACAAACGGGAUUUGUAGGUCAUUAUGUCCAUCAAAAUAUGUCUGGUUUUUGCAAAAAAAAGAGUAAAAAGAGAUGGUCACCAAA